AUGGCCAUGGCUAUGCAAAGUGGAAUCGGGAUCUCCAAGAUCCUAUUAUCGCCGGAGCUGGAGCUUACUCUUCGCUCUCUCUCUACACUCACAAUCGCACAUCUAUCAUGUCACGCUUUCUCUAAUUUCACUUCGCUUCUUUCAGGUUACACCGGUACCGUCCUCAUCAAAAACGGAAAACUAUCGGAUAUAAUCGGUGAACUCCAGUAUAUAUAUUCACUCGUGAAGGGAUUGGAAAAGUAUGGCGAUCAGAAUGAUGAAGACGGGGAUGUGACUGAUGCCAUUGCUGCUCAGGUGCGUCGUUUGGCCAAUGAAGUUCGACAUUUAGCGUCAAACAGGUCAAUCACAGUGCUAAAUAAUGGGGGUUCAGGACAAAGUAAUUUAUCAUCUCUUGUGGUUCCAGCAGCUGUGGUGGGUGCUGCGGGCUAUGGCUACAUGUGGCUCAAGGGCCUUUCAUUCUCAGAUCUUAUGUACGUGACUAAACGUAAUAUGGAAGCUGCUGUUGCCGAUUUGACAAAAAAGCUGCAGCAUGCCUCUGAUGUCAUUGCUGAUGCCAAGAAGCACUUGACCCAGAGAAUUCAAAAUUUGGAUGACAAAAUGCGCAAACAAAAUGAGAAGACACGAUUAAUUCAGGAUGGAGUGUCUGAUGUUCGAAAGACUGUUACUAGUAUACAUGAUGACAUGAGCGACAUGAAACUCAAAGUGGCACAAUUGGAUGGAAGGUUGAAUAAAGUGGGUGAGAAUCAGGAGCUUGCAAAUAUGGGAUUGGACUAUAUUAUUGGGUUUAUACAGGCAAAUACCUGGAGAGUUCCUGACUCUUUACCGGCAACUAUUUCGCAGGAGCAACCAAAACUUCCUUGGAGGUCUCCUGGUAUGCUCACACUUCCAGGAAUCGCAUAUCCGGGUCUUAAAGACAUUGCAGAAUCAUUGUCUAGUUUAGACAGAUCAGCUUCAGAUACUAUUGGUUUGGAUAAGCUAGAACAGCAGCGAAAGCCUUUGUUGAGGUGUACUUCGACCAAGUGUUGA